UCUUGUACAACAAAUAUUACCAGUUUGGUACAAAGCGUAUGUAAAGCUCUGUUCUGUGCUUGAACUUGGAGAAAUAGAAUAAUUCAGCCAGUCAUAAUCAAUCAUCGAAAGCUGCGUUAUUUUUCAAGAUCUUAAUCUAUUGAUUUCAAUCGGACGGUGAGAAAUGAGCUGCAACGGUUGCAGAGUGUUGAGGAAGGGUUGCAGCGAGAAUUGUGUACUGAGGUCUUGCCUGCACUGGAUCGAAUCCGCUGAGGCACAGGGCAACGCCACCUUGUUUCUCGCCAAGUUUUUCGGCCGCAGCGACCUCAUGUCCCUCAUUUCCGCCGUUCCCCAAUCCCAACGCCCUGCUUUGUUUCAAUCUUUGUUAUAUGAGGCGUGUGGGCGCACCGUGAAUCCAGUGAACGGAGCGGUAGGGCUAUUGUCGACCGGGAACUGGCACGUGUGUCAGGCGGCGGUGGAGACGGUGCUAGCGGGAGGGCCAUUGAGACCGAUACCGGGGGUGUUAACCGGAGCUUGGACGGCAAACAGUAACGAGUCGUCGGACGGAUUCAGUGCGGUAGCGUGCACCGGUAGAAGCGCGUACCCGCAGUCGUCGAGGCCAUCAAUCACGAGCCAUGCGUCGUGGGAGGGUCGUGAGCCGUCGGAUCUCGGACUGUCACUGACGCUGAGAGGGAGGCGGGGAAGAGGAAGGAGUUGUUCGCAGGUGGAGCGGCCGAAUGUGUAUCCACAGCCGUCGUUUUACUCCGGGGAGUCGGAGGUUACGACGAUGACCAUGAGGACGACGGCGAGUUUCGAAGGCGGCGGCGAUGAUCGGAGGAUGCGAGGAGUAUCGGAGAGAAAGCUUUUGAAUCUUUUUGUGUGAUUGAGAAAGGAGAUUUAAGAGAGAGGAAUGAACGAAUGGAAGAAGGUUCAGUGUUUUUGAUGUGCCGGCGAUGUAGUGAAUAAUGGAGAGGUAAAUCAUAAUUACCAUAGAAUUUAUGUAAUGCACUGUAACGCCUUUUAUUUUUAUUUUUUUCUUUUUCUUGAGAGGAAAUACAAAAUCACCGCUUUCUAUACU